GACAAGGAAAUUGGUUUCGGGCGGCGCCAGUGUACGGCUGUAUCCCAUAGAACCAAGUUUCAACGCCAGAUUUGAAAUUAGGAGCAGAAUGAGAUGUUCAGCACUAUGGGCAUCGCUCGGUUUACUAGUGGUACUCGGAGGCGCGCGAGCGGGGACAGUAAAGAAACUGGGAAAUAACACCGGACGGUUUGCCAACGCCACCUUGGUGCGUCUCUCCGAGUUCCUGAGCGCGGGGUACAAGAAGGGCGUGCGACCGGUGCGUGAUUGGCGUCAGUCGACCAUGGUGGCCAUAGACCUCAUGGUAUAUUCCAUCCUUAAUGUGGAUGAGAAGAACCAGGUUCUAACAACAUACAUAUGGUACAGACAGGAAUGGAUCGAUGAGUUCCUUGUGUGGAACCCGGAGGACUUUGACGAGGUGAAGCAGGUGUCCAUCCCCACCGCCAACCUCUGGGUGCCGGAUAUCCUCAUCAACGAGUUUGUGGAUGUGGGCAAGUCCCCAGACAUUCCCUACGUGUAUGUGGGGCACAACGGCCUAGUGAGGAACUACAAGCCCAUCCAGGUGGUCACCGCCUGUACGCUUAACAUCUACAACUUCCCCUUCGACCUCCAGAACUGCAGUCUCACCUUCCAGAGCUGGCUCCACACCAUCAACGACAUCAACAUCACCCUGAUGAGGAGUCCGGAGAACCUGAAGGAGGACAAGAGUCUCUUCAUGAACCAGGGAGAGUGGGAACUUCUCCACGUUCUGUCCAAGUACAAGUCCUUCAGCCUGGACAACUCAGACUACUACGCCGAGAUGAAGUUCAAUGUGGUGAUCCGGCGGAGGCCCCUGUUCUACACGGUGAACCUGCUCCUGCCUAGCAUCUUCCUCAUGGUCAUGGACAUCGUGGGCUUCUACCUUCCUCCUGACAGUGGAGAGAGGGUCUCCUUCAAGAUCACGCUGCUGCUGGGCUACUCCGUGUUCCUCAUCAUCGUGUCCGACACGCUCCCCGCCACAGCCAUCGGGACGCCUCUCAUAGGUGUGUACUUCGUGGUGUGCAUGGCCCUGCUGGUGAUCAGCCUGACAGAGACAGUGGUGAUCGUGCGUCUGGUGCACAAGCAGGACCUGCAGCGCCGCGUGCCUCCCUGGCUGCGUCGCCUGCUGCUGGAGAGAGCCGCCUCGCUCUUCUGCGUCCGCAGCAAACACACGCUGUGUCCCGUCCUGGCCCACGAGCCCCAAGUGGACAUCUACAAGGAGAGCAGCACUGGUGCAGCACGCUGCAGCCACCACCCGCACCCCCAGGGGGGGCGCGGCGAGCGAGGCCUGGGCCUGGGCCUGGGCCUGCCCCCUGCCAGGGACCCCACCCCACCGGUCAUGGAGAACAUCCUGCAGGAGAUCUGCUCCAUACGCCUCUUCCUGGAGAGGAGAGACGAGUGCCGCGACAUUGCCAAGGAGUGGCUCCAGGUGGGCUACGUCCUGGACGUGCUGCUGUUCAGGGUAUACCUGCUGGCUGUGCUGGCCUACAGCAUCACCCUGGGCACCCUGUGGUCGGUCUGGCAGUACGCCUGACAGCCUGCAGGGGGCGCUGUGCAUCAGGAAGGGUUUAAUAUCAAUGACUAACAAUGGUCUGAUGGAGCGAAGGUUAGGGGGAUGGUUUUCAGGCACGCGUGGUGGGGGCAGAGGUUUGGACGCGGCCCGUUAAAUGUAAUUUUCUUCGUAAAAAGAGUGUGUGUAUGGGGGGGGGGGGGGGCAGAUUCGCCGUUUUCAGUCCCAACCAAGUCCCACCCGUGUAUAGUGAAAGCCACGCCCCUGGACUGAGCGGAGGUUAGGGUGUUGAAGGAGGGAUGUGCUGGGGUGGGUAUUACAGAGAUGGAGCGUCUGAGUUCAAAAAGGAGCUUGUGGACAGUGGGUCUGGCUGUCGAUGUAAAAUAUGAACGUAGAGCCUGAACUGUGUCUGACUGAUGCUGUUAGGAAUGUAUUCUAUACUGACUGGAGAAUCAGGAGACUUCAGAUUAAAAUGUUACAUGUUUGGACAUAACACAUAUACUCUGACAUGUGUAUUUAAAGUAUUUUGAGAGUUUUGUGUUUUGUAGUAGAAUUUCACUGGCUUGUUUCCUGUGUGUCGACUGUAUUGCUGUUGUCGUUGCCAUCUUAACUCUUGAACAAGUCACUAUAUUACAUUUGGCAUAAUUGUAUUUUAGAUUAUUCUUACACAUACAAAAUGUUGGACUCA